CUGACGCUCACAUGUAUUCCGUUCAAUUUGAAUAUUCCGGCUUUUUAAAUAGACAAAAUUCAAAACAAAUUAAACUAUGGAAUGAUGUGGAUACACCGGUUGCUGAUGGACAAGUGCACCCGCUAUGGUCAUGUGCUGCGGCAUUUGAUUCGGGCUUCCAGGCGAACUGCGACCUCAACGGGACAUCACCAGAGUGCUUCGGGAAAGGAUGUGCCAAUGGUGCAAAUAAGUCCCGGUAAGAAACUGGACAUCGAACUCGACUUUUUUGUGGCCAAGGACGAGCCGCACCAAAUGUCCCUGCCCACGAUGAUAUACUUUUACAGCCCACUCAGCCGAUUGACCACCAAGUUGGCUCUCCUCCGGCUGAAGCUCCUUUGGGACUGGGACUUCUCCGAGCAGAAGUUCAUUGAGAAUUCGAGCCAGGCAGCCGCCGUUUUUACGGACUUCGUAAGGCGCCGCCGCAAUCGGAAUGUGGAGCGAUGCAGUACGCCUAUGGGUUUCAAGCAGAUCAAGCACGAUCUGUUGGAUGAUCCGCCCGACUGGAGGCUCAAAAUGAUGCGCUUCGAGAAGGAGCACUUCCGGCGGGCCAUUCCGCUCAAGGUGCAGCUGCUGCGGCACUACGACCAUCGUUUCGCCUUCCUGGACGUGGUCUUCGUGGCCCUGCGGAGAUCCAAUGACUUUCGCUCGCCGGCGGAACUUAGUGAGAUGACGGAGCUGCUAAAGGAGUUCAUAGAUCCCGCUCAGUUAAGGGUGCCCCAUCCCCUGAUCUUCGCCGAGGUGUUCAUGCGCUUCCGACGCGACUAUUCCGUGGAACCCUCGAGAAUGGGCAAUGUGCAGGACAACAGUCGCUGCAUGGGCCAGUGGCUCGUCUCCACGUACAAGGUGGUGCGUUUCGACAUCCUCAACCAGCACCCGCUGUUCGAUAUUCCCGAGUUCGAGGAGUGGAUGCCUCCGGUGCUGUCCAGGAUGGGUCGCAGCUUUGAAUAGAGUGCUUCUAGCAGCUGUGUCAUUUUAUUGCGUCAUUUACUUUGAGAGAAAUCAUUGUGCUGUUAGAUUCUGGUAUGCUGUGGUCAAAUUAUUAGGUAAACCCGUCUCCAUUCGCACUGAGCUGUAAUUAACCUAUUGAGAAUCUGCAAUAAAAUCCGUCCAUGUGAUACUCC